AUGCAUUCUGAACAAUAUUUUCUUAUAAGAAAAUCCUACAUAAAUCACUAUUAUAAAAUCUUUAUAAAUCCUUUUUUUUCUCUUUCAUCUAUCUAUCUAUCUAUCUAUCUAUCUAUCUAUCUAUCUAUCUAUCUAUCUAUCUAUCUAUCUAUCAGCAGCGUCCAAUGUACAGAAGAAGAAUAUCAACAAUUCUGCGAUAAAGAUGUAAGAAAAGAAUUAACAAUUCUUUCAGACGUCAAUUUCAACUCUUGGUCCCUCGACAGCACCCAAAAGGUGACCUAUGUUCUGCAUAUGGGAUGGGACAUAUUUAAAAAUGUCCGGCUUGAUAUGAAUAAUUUUAUUCGAUUUGUCCUGACGGUUCGCAAAAACUACAGAAACGUACCUUACCACAAUUGGACACACGCUUUCUCUGUGGCGCAUUCCAUACAUAAUUUCUACAUUUCUAAUUUAAUCUCUCUCUCUCUCUCUCUCUCUCUCUCUCUCUCUCUCUCUCUCUCUCUCUGA